UGAAAAGUGAGGGUGAGACACACAUAGCACUGUUGGACCUGAAGAUGGCCUUUCUUCAGACCAAUAAGGAUCUCGUUGCUACAGGAAUAAAGGAAUUUAACAUUCUGCUAAAUCAGCAGGUGUUCUCUGAUCCUGCCAUCUCUGAAGACGCCAUGGUGAUUGUGGUGAAUGACUGGGUGAACUUCUACAUCAACUAUUACAAGAAGCAGAUGGUGGGGGAACAGCAAGAGCAGGAAAAGGCAGUGCAGGAACUUCGGCAGGAGCUGGAUACUCUGUCCGCCUCUUUCCUGGACAAAUACAGGAACUUCCUGAAGUCCUUGUGAGCACCCGAUGACACACUGCCUUCCUCCUAGCCGGGAGACCCAGGCUUGUCUAAGACCCUGAAAUUCUGCCUCUGUGUUCUUCAAGUCCCCAGGCUCUGCUCUUUCAUGGUGUUCCUGCACCCUGACACCUCAAUAAAGACCAGUACUGGUUUUGGUGGU